UCUUUUUUUUUUUAUCAAAGUCAGGUCUAAAUUAACCUGUUUAUCACCGUGUUCCGCCCCAAGCUGCUGCCGGGAAACCGUUGACGGUCACCUGUGGUUCAUGCGGGAGGCUGACGGAGGGGGAGCGAUCCGGACAGCUAGCCGCUAACGUUAGCCAUUAGGGGCUCGGUGCCGGUGACCGUCAGAGUUCGUUUGUGCAUGGGAGAGUGACCGUCAGCCAUGAGCGCCGAGCCGGACGCCCUGGCCGUGGUCAACCAGCUGAGGGACCUGGCUGCUGACCCUAUGAACCGCAGGGCAAUUGUCCAGGACCAGGGCUGCCUGCCGGGACUCAUCCUGUUUCUGGACCACCCAAACCCUCAGGUCGUCUACUCUGCGCUCCUGGCGAUCCGUUACCUGGCAGAAUGCCGAGCCAACCGGGAGAAGCUGAAGGGGGAGCUGGGGAUGAUGCUGAGCCUCCAGAAUGUCGUGCAGAAAUCGACCACCCCAGGAGAGACCAAGCUGCUGGCCUCAGAGAUCUACGAGCUCCUGCAGGCGUCUUGCGGCGCUGACCCGGAGCCGGCUGAGGAGGCCGUCAGCAGCCGCCGCAAAGCCCAGUUCUUCCUGGGCUCCAGCAACAAGAGAGCCAAGACCGUCAUCCUGCACAUCGACGGCCUGGACGACUCGGGUCGGAGGAGCCUGUGUGAGGAGGCUCUGCUGAAGAUCAGAGGAGUCAUCAGCUUCACCUUCCAGAUGGCCGUGAAGAGAUGCAUCGUCCGCAUCCGAUCAGACCUGAAGGCCGAGGCUCUGGCGUCUGCCAUCGCCUCCACUCAGGUGAUGACGGCUCAGCAGGUGGUGAAAGGAGAGAACGGAGACGAGGUUUUGAUCCCUUUUGCGGAGGACGGUUCGGUGGAGGUGGAGGAGAAUGUGGACCUGCCGGACUACCUGCCAGAAGACGACAGUCCGUCUCAGGAGCCCGACAAGGCGGUGAGCCGGGUGGGAUCCGGCCAGGAUGGGACCAGCUGGCUCGGUGCCGCCGCCAACUUCCUGUCCCGCUCCUUCUACUGGUGACCUGUGACCUUACGGGUCAGCCCCUCUCUGUCAGACCUCCUGUCUCCUCUCAGAACCAAAAAACCAAAAACCUACCAGCUGCCAAAUCUUGGUGCUGUCAGGCUCAACCAGGGACACAAACUGAGACUGGACGUCCAACAGUGAGUUUAAAAACAGGCCCUGAUCUGUCCCCGCACAGCUGAUCACGGUUUAAAGUUUCUGUGAGACGUGUGGCGUCCCUCUCUGUAAAUGGGUUCAGAUGUUACAAACCAAAUUGUCUUAACGGACAGGAAGUGUCCUGCAGGGACACGCCUCCUUUUACCUUUUUUUAUUUAUUUGACUGACAGACUGAGCGGCAGUUUUCUGUGUUUGAGAGGACGAGCGGCGUCAGAGUUCAGUCCGCUGUGCCUUCACCUCCUCUGAUCCUCAGACCUGCUGCGUCUUCGCUGAAGCCUGAGGCUGCAGCUCCGUGCUGCUUCAGGCCCACGCUGCCAACAAUGACAGCAAGUCCCCGGGACGAGGAGGAGGACACAACGAUGUCCACACGGUUGUUACACGGUCAUCACACGGUUUGAGAACAAAACUAAAACCUGAUGGGAGACGAUUUCCUGUGAACACAGCUGCCUGUCUGUCCCUGUCUUUCAGUCUGUCUGUCUAUCUCUGUAUCUGUCUGUCUGUUUCUGUCUUUGUCUGUCGGUCUGUUUGUCUGUCUGUCUGAAGACAAACCACAUCAGGAGACGCUGGCGUUUGAUUGGUCGGUUUUCCUCCUGAUGGAGCUCAGAUGUUAUUUCCAUUCGUUCCAGAGAAGGUUCAGAGUAAACCCUGAAGUCUGGUGUCCCUCGUGUCCUGCUGUGUGGACAUGAGCUGAUGGAUGAUGGACAUAAACAUGGAACCACGGACGAGGUGAUGAGCUGAGUUCAUCAGUCUGCUCAGUGUCUCACUCACCAACAUCAAACUGAAACUGUGUGAAAACACAUGGAGGGAAACUUGUCGUCUUCCUCUCUGUCCUGUCAGGUGACACAGAUUAAACCUCUGUCAUUGGUGCAUGGCCUCAGGUGACCUCAUGCUCCACACACCUUCCACCUGAGCAGGUGUCUAAUCACCAGAGAUCGAUGGGAGCAUCUGUAAAGAGGAGGAGGAGCUGCAGCCUUUUCUGCUGGAGGAUCAGAGACCGGCCCGGUCCGGUCCUGGGAUCGGGGACAGGAUGGUGCUCUGUCUCUCUGACUCGUCUCUGUGAUCGUUUCUGGACCCGUCGUCAUGUUUACAGCCACGCCCCCGUACAGAUGCCUUUUAAACUGAACUUUGGUUUGAACACUUCCUGUGGACCAGACGUGAACUCUGCCUCAUUCCAACAGAGCAAAGUUACCGGACUUUUACUGUCUCUUCCUCCCGCUCGGUGACGCGUGACAGCUGGACGGUCGGCGGGAAUCGGUUCUGUGACCAUUUUGCACAGUUGAAUCUGAGAAUGAUGUUUUUUAAUAGAGUAGAAAUCUGCGUUUUAAACACUGGAGCAUGUGAAAGCAAACAGAAGCUGAGCCUCAGCGGCUGCACUCUGUCAGCGCUGAGGCUUUCACUUCCUGUCCUGCUGUGAACGAGUCAUUCCACAAACACAAGGCAAGAACACAGAGACUCACUGAGUCGUUGACAUCAGAGAAGAAUCAGAACAAAUCAGCUUCCAACCAGUUUCUGUUUCAGUGCUUCUCUCUGUGCUCUGAGGUCAGUGACCUUUAAUGACCUUUAAUGACCUUGUACAGAUGUUUACUGUCCCGACAUGAUACUGUUGUUCUCAUUCUGUGUGUUUGUGUACCUGCCAGAUGUGCUCAUAGCUCCGCCUACACCACCUCACUGUCCAAUCAGAUUCAGAGUAGCCUGUCAGCUGUUAGCAUGAUGCUUGAGUCUAAAUGCAGCGACCAGUGAAUAAAAUGAGGGAGAGAACGUUUGGUGCUGUGA